CCCGUUUCUGCAGCAGCGGGCCGCGCGCAGGAAGGAAGUCAUCACGCACGGCAGCAGCCAGUCGGCGGCUUGUGCAGCUAGAAUGACAUAGCGAGUGAAAAAAAAAGAGGAAGAGGAGAAUCCAGGCAUCGACGCAAAUUUAUUUUAAAGCCUUUACACAUCCACUUAGCCCAACCAUGCUCAUCAAGGAAUUUCGGGUGAUUCUUCCUAUCUCCGUGGAAGAGUACCAAGUGGGCCAGCUGUACUCGGUGGCCGAGGCCAGCAAGAACGAGACGGGAGGCGGCGAAGGCGUGGAGGUACUCAAAAACGAGCCCUACGAGAAAGAUGGCGAGAAAGGCCAGUACACGCACAAAAUCUACCAUUUGCAGAGUAAAGUGCCGUCCUUCGUCAGAAUGUUAGCUCCGUCUUCGGCCCUCAACAUCCACGAGAAAGCCUGGAACGCGUACCCGUACUGUCGCACAGUUAUCACUAAUGAAUACAUGAAGGAGAACUUCCUGAUCAAGAUCGAGACGUGGCACAAACCUGACAUGGGACGCCAGGACAACGUGCACGGCUUGGAUGCCGAAACCUGGAAGAAGGUGGAUGUGGUCUAUAUCGACAUCGCCGACAGAACCCAAGUGGAGCUCAAGGACUACAAGCCGGAGGAGGAUCCCUGCAGGUACAAGUCGGUCAAGACCGGGCGAGGCCCUCUUGGACCGGACUGGCGGAAGGAGCUCCCCAACAAGAAAGACUGCCCACACAUGUGUGCCUACAAGCUGGUCACGGUUAAAUUCAAGUGGUGGGGCCUGCAGAACAAAGUGGAAAGCUUCAUCCAAAAGCAAGAGAAGCGCCUUUUCACCAACUUCCACCGUCAGUUGUUCUGCUGGAUCGAUAAGUGGAUCGACCUGAACAUGGAGGAUAUCCGCCGCAUGGAGGAGGAGACGCGCAAGGAGCUGGAUGAGAUGCGAGUGAAGGACCCCGUGAAAGGCAUGGUGGCGCUCGAGGAUUGAGAUCGACCCCCCCCCUCCCAAGAUUGUGACUGCUGCUGCUCAUCAGACCCGAAUACCGAGACACCAGCGGAUUCACGUCCUCCUCCCGCUCCAAACGACUCAACAUGCGGCCAUCCCCUCCGAAAUCCCAGUCCUGACCUCCGACCUGUCUCAAAUUCCUUCUCUCGGUAUCAUCUGGUUUGCAAGAUGCUGGACCCAGUACACUCGUCGUCUGUGGUCUCCGUCCCUGCCCCGUUCACGGAAAUCAAUAGAUCCAUUUACUCAUUGAUUCAUUCCCCCAAACCACAGAGUUAAUUAUCUCUGUCGUGUAGGAUUUACUGAAGCUAUUCCCAUGUUGUGUGUGUAUGUGUGUGUGUGUGUGUGUACACAUAUAUAUAUAUAUAUAUAUAUAUA